CCUCCUCCGCGGGCAGCGCCGCCCCUCCGUGCUGCACACCCUCUCUCUCUCUCUCACACACACACACACAGCCGCUUCCUGCGUGGGGCCGGACCCGGCGGGCGGAGCGGCGCCGCUUCCUCCCUCCCUCUCUUUCUCGCCCGCCCGCCCGCCGCCGCCUCGCAGAUGUUUACAGAUCUCUGUAUGUAAAGAACAUCGUAAACUAGAAAUUCCAGGACACAGAGAGAUCGCAACAGGAGAUGUUCAUUAGAAGAGGGAGGCAGAAACAAGCAUCACAUCUGUAGGGGAUUCCUUUGAAGAAUUUGCUGCAAACAAAGAUCCGUGUGAAUUUUCUGCAUGACGACUUCCAUACUGGAUUACAUAAUAUUAGGACUUCUGACUCUGUUUUGAUCCCUAAAAAUGAUUAGGUUUGUGUAUGAGAGUUAACCCACUUCUGAUGAGUGAUCUAGACAUGAGUUUAAAUCGGCAAAUGGGCUCUGAUCGGGACCUCCAGUCUUCGGCUUCCUCUGUGAGUUUGCCUUCAGUCAAAAAGGCACCAAAGAAAAGAAGAAUUUCCUUGGGCUCUCUUUUUCGGAGAAAAAAAGACACAAAACGCAAGUCUAGGGAUCUGAAUGGAGGUGUUGAUGGAAUUGCAAGCAUUGAAAGCAUUCAUUCAGAAAUGUGUACAGACAAGAACUCUAUUUUCUCCACAUGUACCUCUUCCGACAAUGGAACAACCUCUAGCAGCAAGCCAAGCGGAGACUUCAUGGAAUGCCCCUUGUGCCUUUUGCGGCACUCCAAGGACAGGUUCCCGGAGAUAAUGACUUGUCACCAUAGAUCUUGUGUGGAUUGCUUGCGUCAGUAUCUCCGGAUAGAAAUUUCUGAGAGCAGAGUUAACAUCAGCUGUCCGGAGUGCUCCGAACGGUUCAAUCCUCACGAUAUCCGUUUGAUACUGAAUGAUGACAUCUUGAUGGAAAAAUACGAAGAGUUUAUGCUUAGGCGAUGGCUAGUUGCGGAUCCUGAUUGUAGGUGGUGCCCAGCUCCAGACUGCGGAUAUGCUGUGAUUGCGUUUGGAUGUGCCAGCUGUCCCAAACUUACAUGUGGACGAGAAGGCUGUGGAACUGAGUUCUGCUAUCACUGUAAGCAGAUUUGGCAUCCGAACCAGACCUGUGAUGCUGCUCGCCAGGAGAGAGCUCAGAGUCUGCGCCUGAGAACAAUCCGUUCCUCGUCUAUCAGUUACAGCCAGGAGUCUGGAGCAGCAGCUGAUGACAUAAAGCCAUGCCCACGCUGUGCUGCUUAUAUAAUAAAAAUGAAUGAUGGAAGCUGCAAUCAUAUGACCUGUGCUGUCUGUGGCUGUGAAUUCUGUUGGCUCUGUAUGAAAGAGAUCUCAGACUUACACUAUUUAAGCCCAUCAGGCUGCACGUUUUGGGGGAAGAAACCAUGGAGUCGUAAGAAGAAAAUACUGUGGCAACUAGGGACACUUGUUGGAGCUCCUGUUGGAAUUGCAUUGAUAGCUGGCAUUGCUAUUCCUGCUAUGAUUAUUGGAAUUCCUGUGUAUGUGGGACGGAAGAUUCACAAUCGAUACGAAGGCAAAGACAUUUCAAAGCACAAGAGGAACCUGGCUAUAGCAGGCGGUGUAACCCUAUCUGUAAUUGUUUCUCCAGUUGUAGCUGCAGUAACUGUAGGUAUUGGUGUCCCUAUCAUGCUGGCCUACGUGUAUGGAGUUGUGCCCAUCUCCCUCUGCCGAAGUGGAGGCUGUGGUGUUUCAGCAGGCAAUGGAAAAGGUGUUAGGAUAGAAUUUGAUGAUGAAAACGAUAUAAAUGUUGGUGGAACAAAUGCAGCUGUAGAUACCACUUCAGUCGCAGAGGCGCGGCACAACCCCAGUAUCGGCGAAGGAAGCGUUGGCGGGCUGACUGGCAGCUUGAGUGCCAGCGGCAGCCACAUGGAUAGGAUAGGAGCCAUUCGAGACAACCUGAGUGAAACAGCCAGCACCAUGGCACUGGCUGGGGCCAGUAUCACGGGCAGUCUCUCGGGAAGUGCAAUGGUUAGCUGCUUUAACAGGCUGGAAGUACAAGCAGAUGUGCAGAAAGAACGCUACAGCCUUAGUGGGGAAUCUGGCACAGUUAGCCUGGGAACAGUUAGUGAUAAUGCCAGUACCAAAGCAAUGGCAGGAUCCAUUCUCAACUCCUAUAUCCCUUUGGACAGGGAAGGCAACAGCAUGGAAGUGCAAGUGGAUAUUGAAUCAAAGCCAGCCAAGUUCAGACACAACAGCGGAAGCAGCAGUGUUGAUGAUGGCAGUGCUGCAGGUCGGAGCAAUGCUGCGUGUUCAUCGGCCUGCGUGCCAGAAAGUAAAUCUAGUGCCACCAAGUGGUCCAAAGAAACAACAGCAGGAAAAAAGUGUAAAGGUAAGCUGAGAAAGAAGAGUAGCAUGAAGAUAAAUGAGACAAGAGAGGACAUGGAUGCUCAGCUGUUGGAACAACAAAGCACAAACUCCAGUGAAUUUGACUCUCCCUCUCUUAGCGAUAGUAUUCCAUCCGUAGCAGAUUCUCACUCGAGUCAUUUUUCUGAGUUCAGUUGCUCAGAUAUGGAAAGUAUGAAAACUUCCUGUAGCCACGGUUCCAGCGACUAUCAUACUCGCUUUACCACAGUCAGUGUUCUCCCCGAGGUGGAAAACGAUCGCUUGGAAAACUCUCCACAGGCGAGCGGAUUCCCGGUGCCUGUUGCAGCAGCCGCAGGCACUGAUGUUCAGCAGCUGAGUUACAUCGCUGAGGAAAGCAUUACUAACGCAUCUUCAACAGAUGUAGGUCUGGGUGUUGAUGAAACUCUGAAAGAAGCAAACAACAACCAUUCACAACGUGCUGCGGAAUUAAGCACUGCUAUUCAGACUGAAAUUUAAGCCAAAAAAUGCUGCAAAAACGUAUUUACCACUAACGAACCCUGUCUGAAAGCUGGUUUAAUUACAUGCGACGGCUUCCGUAAGCUUCAGGUGACCGGCAGAAGCAAGGUUUUGAUACGGCUGCGUUUUAUAUACCUGUCUGUUAAGGCAGAAUACUUCAUAUGGAUCUUAGAGCCGUGAAGGGACAUGAAGGCUUUAACAAGUGCAUUACAGCAGUACAAAUACGUCCGUGUUUUUUAUUUUUGCCACAACUUUGCUUGAAAGCAUAUACUUGGUGUAUUUAGAAAAAAUUGGGUAAUUCUUGAUAUGAUAAAUGCUAAAAUAAGUAAUACAUCCUGCACUGUUCGCUCAAAAAAUAGGGGAUGUGGGAUAAAUGGGUGUUAGCUGAGCAUUACUGACUUAAAACCAUUCUAGCGUGAAAUCGAAGGGAAGCAGAAGUUUUGCAGAGGCCUCUAUGAACAUCUUUCAGCAGUGAAUAUCCAUAGUGAUCUUUUGUUUUAUAACUGGGCACAGUAUUUGGAAUGCAUGUGGAAUGGAUCGUGUAGCUCCAGGUGAUGUGGCCCUGUGUCAGAAGCGUUCGCGUGCACACUUAGAGCGAGGCUGUGGCGUGUGACGUCACUUAGAAACGGAAGAAAUUGGUACUUAAUGUGUGGUGGAAUGGAGACAUCACCUGUGGACAGCAGUGGGAUCACUUAUUUAUUCAUGCAACCAACCGUGCGGCAGAUAAGGCUGCUCUGCAUUGUGUAAAACCUGUAAGAUAAUGAUCCAGUGAUUUAUGAGCAUCGUGGAAAAGCAGAUGCAGCCACCUUUCAUGAGGGGGAAAAGCGGUGCCCCGUCAAUUCUUGGUGCCUUGGAAAAGACUGGGUGUGAAGUGCCUGGUCGUUGGAGGAUUUGCCUGUCGUGUUUUCCAGAAUGUCCUCUUUGGCCACCUUCAAUCACAAAUGAGAAUCCUAGCGAAUAAAUGACUGGUAGAUAACUGUAUGAUAACAAAGUAUUAGCCUACCAAAGACUCACUCAGGCUUUCGUGAAUGACUUCUUUUACAUGACAUCUCUUUGCAAGACGUGCAUCUUCAGUCCCAGAGUCGGAGUGCAGGGCAGUGGCUGCCCCGCUGCCACGAUGGCUUCUGGACAUGCUGGCUUAUUUUUCUUUUGCAUAUGGAAGAUGUAUAGAUAAACACAAGCUGAAAUUGGCCAAAGCGCCUGCACUGUCCAAUGUUUUGUUUUGUUUUUCUUUUUGCUAUGUAAAUCACUAAAAAAUGAGGGGAAAAAAGUUGUGAAUAUCAGAAAAACAGUUACCAAUGUUCUGUCUUGUGUUCAAUGUAUUGCCAUUAUGGUGCUACUGGGAGUUGGGUUGGAUGAAAAGAAGACGCCAUGUGCUGCAAUUCUCUUCCAUGACUUAUCCUCACCAGUUUCAUUAAAUGCUUAUAACACUAGUGCCAGUUACAUCAUUUGAUAAUGCUUGUUACCGUAUUUGUAUAUUUGCAAUUCAGUUUUGCUCAGUAAUAUGCGUGUAAACUGCAUAUCUGAAAUAAAUGUCUAAGUACUGA